AUGAGAAUGCCCUUUAAAGUAUAUGAACUGGCCCGCUUCUUUUUUCUGGCUCUGGUGCUGUUACCAGGCGCCUAUUCUUCUAAUUAUGGGACCUUCUUCAGGCAGCAUUACAAUAAUCCAAAGAGCAACAUUGGAAACUGCUACUGCGACACCAUGAUGCAAAGACGGGGGAUGACCAGGCCAAUCUUGAAGGACAAAAAUUCCUUCAUUCAUGGCACCAAGAGAAACAUCGAUAAAGUAUGUGGUUCUGGAGGUCAGCCUUAUGGUAAUGGGCUUCGGCGUAGCCAUAACCCAUUUUUGGUCAUCACCUGCAAGCACAGAGGGAGCUCCAACUGUCCUCCUUGUAGAUACAGUGAAAACACUUCAUCAAGAUUGAUUGUUGUGCGUUGUGCAGGUGGAAGACCUGUGUACUUUGACAAGACCCAGAUCUGA